AUGGAUGGCGAAAAAGGUUUUCUUUACGCUUUUGGUAUGUGCAAAAAAAGUCUCACGCUAAUAGGAUUAUGGCCAAAAUCAAAAAGUUCAAACUACGCCGAAGCGGUCGUAGUGCUUCGUUUUACUCUCACAACUCUGCUCAUAGUUUCAUUUGUCAACAUUGUACAAACUAUCAAGCUUUUGGCAGUUUGGGGCGACUUGGACGCUAUGACGGACAUCAUUUCGACGGCAAACUUACCCAUCGCAGUGGCUGUCUUUAAAAUGAUGGUAUUCUACAAGCAUAGAAAAGCUUUCGAACCUCUUUUAUCGUUCGUCGAGGCUGACUGGAAAAGCUACAAGACCGACUCGGAUAUGACGAACAUGUGGUCCAAUGCCCAGACGACCCGCAGAAUUUCCAUGAUCUGUGUGAUCCUGGGCGCGGGUACGGUAAACGGUCACUUGUUUAUAAGGCUCGGUCAAGAGGCAAAGAUUCUCCCGGGUAAAGAUGGCGCAACCCGUUUAUCCUUCGUCGACUCGUACUUCCCUUACGACUACUCUCCGACUCCUAUCUACGAGAUCACUUGGGCCAUACAGUACAUUGGAGCUGCUUUGGCCACCUGCGCCUAUUCCGGUAUUUAUUGUCUUUUUGUGGCUCUGAUGCUGCAUCUCUGUGGGCAGUUUUCCAAUCUGAGAAAGAAACUGAGGAGAGUCGUUACCAACGAAGAUGACAAGAGAAAGUUCGUGGAGAAGCUUGCGGAGAUCGUCAAGAGACAUGAGAAUCUGAAUAACUUUGCGCGAGUUAUUGAAAAGAUUUUUAAUCUUAUGUUCCUUGCUGAAAUUUUGGGUUGCACGAUUCAAUUUUGCAUGCAAGGAUUUUUUCUCUUAACUCUAAGUUCGAAAGAAGGAAUGGGUUUACCAAUACUGCAUAUUCUUUUCAUGGUUAUUUAUGUUUUACAUAUCGGAACCCACCUGUUUAUCUGCUGUUACGUAUCCGAAAAACUUCAAGAUGAGAGUGUUUCAAUAGUUCGAGCUGCAUACAACUGUGAAUGGUAUAAUCUAUCCGCUAAAGAUGCCAUGUUGCUUGUAAUGAUAAUGAAUCGAGCAAAGAAACCGCUCCGAAUAACAGCCGGAAAAUUUUGCGCGUUCUCUCUGAGUCUUUAUGCACAAAUUUUUAAAACUUCUGGAGGAUACCUAUCAAUGUUAUUAGCUGUGAGGGAUAGAAUAACAUAA